AUGUCGGCGCCUUCCUUCAGCUCGUUCCCUCCGUCCUUCACUUCGUUUCCUGACUUGGACCCUGGACCAAGCAAGCGUUCGUCUACUCCCAAGAAUGAUGCGCCCUCAUCAAAGAAACCCUCUAAGCACAAGGAAAGGGACGUCGUGGACCCCAAAGACAGGAAGCGGAAACACGAGAAGCACAAGCAUGACGCUCUGAGCCACUCGAAACGACAUCGCAGCGAGAAGGGCUACGUGAGGCCCGAUGACGAUGUUUUGAAAGCUCAAGAAGACGCGUCUCUCAGGCGUGAAGAGGCAUACAACAUCCGGAGGCCAGGUUCGCCGCCGCUGUACUUCACUGACCGCAAGGGUGACCCACUGAACGUGCAAUACGGUGGUCUGCACGCUGGGAGCGUACCACGGUACUAUCUGGUUGGUUGGGGAAGGUCAAUUCUGGGCCUGGAGCCCGUGUGGAAAGUUGUUCACAGAGGACGGAGGGGAGUUGAGAUAGCUCUCGGUGGAAAACGCAGGAUGCAUUCAUUGACGGAUCCAAGCUCGCGUCAUCUACUACAUGCUCCACCAACCCGCAGACUACUUGCUUCAUCAGAAAGCAAGUACAAAUACGAAGAGAUUGAGGGAUUCUUGCGACUGACUUCUCGUAACGACCGCAAGGACGACCAAUCAUACCGUGCAAUCACUGCGCCCAAACACGAUGCUAACUCAGACGAAUCCGAAUCCUCUGGGGACGAGGCGGAGAGCUCGGGAAACGACAGUGAUACUACACCAAUGACAUCCUUACAAGCUACACUGAAAUCACUCGAAGAACGCCUGUCUUCAGACGCGUCGUCCAUCUCGACAUGGCUCUCGCUCCUUUCGUAUACCCUUUCCACCAUCCCCAUCACCUCCAAGAACGCACCACGCGCCCGUGCUGAGAUCACGCUCUCUGUGCUAUCCCGUGCACUCUCCGCGCAUCCGAGCAAUGCAUCCACACGAACGCUCCGACUGCGGUACCUCAAAGCAGGUGAGGAGAUCUGGGACAACGCCAAGUUGUACGCGGAGUGGGAAGAUGCACUGAAAGUAGGUGGAAGCGAGAUUUGGGUAGAGUGGCUCGACUGGAGGAUCAGACGGGGCAGCAACGGUAUCGACGGCAUCGUAGAAGAUGCAAGGCGUGUGCUAGCUUCGAUCGGGGAUGAGGAAGUCAGUCAUAUGCGCGUGCUGUGGAGAGUCGGAGUUGCUUUUCGGGAUGCAGGUUAUGUCGAACGCGCGAAUGCACUCUUCCAGGCUCAAGCAGAAUUAGCGUACCAUACCCCUGCAAGUCUUGUGGGUCAACCAUUCGACGAACAGCUGGAUGCACUCGAGGAGUUCUGGGAGGCCGAGGUCCUCAGAACCGGCGAGCCAGGAGCCAAAGGUUGGGCUCAUUGGCACGACACUGACCACCAGGCGGAGCCUCCGGCUGCCCGACAGAUACCAGAGCCUACGACCGUAGAAGUCGACCCAUACCGGCGCUGGGCGGCCCUCGAGUCGAUUGCGGAUCGAACGCACCACCUGCCCUCGCGCUCCUUCGACGAGUCCGCCGACGCCGACCCAUAUGCAACGAUCCUCUUCUCAGACAUUCGGCCACUUCUCUUGCCGCUGCGGAGCGUACAGGCCAAGCACACCUUCCGCCUCAUCUGGCUCGCCUUCCUCGGCCUACACAUCCCGGGCUACCUCCCCACUUUGUCUGCGGUGCCGAGCGAGAACGCCGAUGACCGCUGGGCAUACGGGCAUUUCGUCUCCCCGGCGUACCUAGAUUCUAUUCUACCUCGUGAUAAUCUCUCCGCAGCCACGCGCAUCACCGCGGAUGCGCAGGCGGGGGUGCUUAUUGGGCGUGAGCGAGAGUUCACCAGUGCGUUCGGGCCGGUGAAGAGCUGGGGAUACGACGUGCUCGGCCCGCUCGAGGGCACGACCGAUGCGCGGUGGAGGAUGUGGAUGGCGGAGGACGUUGCAGGCGUCGAUCACAGCCUGGUGCGCGAGGUGUUCGCGCAGUGCCGCACGGGAGACGAUGCCGAGUGGGAAAUCCUGUCGCUCACGUUCGAAGCCGCUUGCAGCGCAAAAGAAGCGUCGCGCUUGUCAAAGACGCUUUUGGCUUCAGCACAAGAGUCUUUGCUUCACUGGGCAGCGCAUGCUCGUCUGGAGCGGAUACGCGGCCGCACAGACGCUGCGCGCAAAGUGUACCAGACUGUGCUCGCUAUCUCUCACUCACAGUCAUCAGCUGCAACUCAGCUGUGGUGGGACUGGGCCGAGAUGGAGUGGAUGGCCGAGCGGCCGGACACCGCGACAGAGGUCAUCCUGCGUGCUACUGGGACGCAAGGCACCGGCGGUAUCGCUAUCCUACGCGCAAAGCGAUAUAUACAAGAGGUGAUUGCACCGAUACCCGUAAAACGGUGGAAAGAACGCGAAGCCUGGACAAAGCUAUGGAUCCUGCUCGAGCUUCUGUCCGGAACCCCUCAAUCCGCGCUGUCUGUGCUAGACUCUCAUAUCCGUGCACUAGAACCUAGGUCGGCUCCGCAUGAAAGCCUGACCGUUGCUUGUUUAGUGCUACUCUACCGAUAUGGCACCGUUCUACGCAACCCCGUCCCGCCAGCGCUGCUGCGGGAGCAAGCGGAGGCGGCGAUCGAGGCAUAUCCUAGCAAUACGAUCAUACUGGGUAUAUUUUUAGAGGCCCAGAGAGGGCAAGGUAUCUGGGGACGGGUGAGGCACAUGCUAGGGGAGAAUGUGGCGGACGGCAGGACACGAGAAAAGGACGUAGUGCGCAGGGUAGCGGAGGUGUGGGUGGCAGGCUGGGAGAAGGGCAGGUGGGAGGCGGAGCAGGAGCGGACGCGGGGAGGGCUGUCUGCAGCCGUCGAGGACGAGCGGACACGCGGCAGUGCUAUCUUGUGGCGUUUGUACGUCGAGUUCGAGAUUCGGGCAGGGCAGCUGGAACGCGCGAAGAAGUUACUGUACCGGGCCGUGGGCGAGUGCUCGCUAGUGAAAGAACUCUAUUUACUGGCGUUCGGACCCUUGCGGGAGGUGUUCAGCGCUCGGGAGCUGAACGAGUGGGUGGAGACAAUGGCGGAGCGGGGCAUUCGCAUGCGACGGGGGCUGGACGAGCUGCUGGCAGGGUAUGUGGAGACGAGGCAAGUCAAGGCAGAGGUCAAUGACGCGGAUGGGGAGGACGAGAUUGAGCAGAGCGCGCGGGAGCUGCGGAGACUCAUGCCAUACUGA